CCACUUGCUCUUAUCACCAUGACCGACGUCGAGACUCCCCCGAGCAUCCCCACGGAAGACAACAGCGUUGCCAUGCCAGAGGUCGCCGACAACCACGAUGCGACCGAGGAACCAUCCUCUCCAGCCGGAAACGGCACCGACACUCAGGACGAACACGAACACGAGGACUCCAGCGUGGCCGAAGCACAGACCACGACCACAACAGUAGACGAGCCGUCUGUAGCCAGCGAGGCCCCAGACGCCGUCGACCAGCCAAACGGUCAUGAUCACGAUGACGCCGCUCACUCUGACCCUCCCCCGGCUGCUGUGUCUGAUGCCACCUCAGACUUAGCUCCCAUGCCUUCUUCCGACGAUAAAGACGGCGGUGUCACGUUCAAGCCUGCCGAUACCACGAAGCCCAAGACGGCGACGAAGACCGCUCCCCCCGCUCCCGGAAAAGUCGGCAGUCCACUUGUCAGGAAGAUCUUAAACUCUGGUAAAUUCGGCGGUUCAGUCAAACCUGCAGCUCCCGAACUACACAAGCCAAAGGUAACUUCCCCAACCGCCUCCACCGCCCCAGCUAAACCCGCCGCGGGCACCACCACCGCCACCACCACAACCGCUCCCAAGAAAGCCCCCGUCUCCGCCCCGAAGAGCACCAUGCCACCCCCUAAAGCCGCCCCCAGCACGGCCACAGCCACCCGUCGAACCUCGAUGGCACCUCCCUCCAAGCCCCCCACCUCCCGAGCCCCCCUCUCGUCCACCGCAAAGCCCGCUCCCGCGCGCACGACGGCUGCGUCCCCCGCCGAGUCCGCUGCUUCGUUGAAGACGUCGACGAAUGCGCCGAGGCCGAGGGCUUCCGUCUCGGAGGGUGUGUCGCCUAAGAAGGCACCGGCGACGCGUCCGGGGGGUGUGGCGUCGAGGACGUCUGCUUCGUCUGCGACGAGGGGGAUACGUACUCCUGGUGCUGGUUCGAUCUCUUCUAUCAAGGAGGUGAAGGGGGAGAAUAAGGCGCUGGAGGAUGUUCAGCAUAAGUUGAGCGAAGCGAACGCGACUUUGAGCACGAAGUCGGAUCGCAUCGGCGAACUUGAGGCUGAAGUGGAGAAGCUGAAGGCAUCUCUCGACGGGGCCACCGCUGGAGCAGAAGAACAGACCCACAAAGUCGAGGAGCUCGAGCAGGCAAAGGCCACUGCGGAGGCGGAAUUGGCAGAGACGAAGGACAUCCUUGAGAAGCUUCAGGCCGAGAUUUCCAAGAUCGAGGUUCUCCAGCAAGAGCUCGAACUUGCCAAAGGCUCAGCCAGCACCCAGCAAGAGCUCGUCGCCACUCUGCAAGCUCAGCUCGAGACCAUGGAGUCCGAAGUCACCGCCGCCAAAGAGAACCUCGAGGCCGUCCGCAACACUAACGGUUCUGCAUCUGAGGCUCUCGUCGAGUCUGCUGCAGUCGAUCGCGAGGCCCUACUCAAGGCGAAGGCCGACCUCGACGCCAUCCAGAAUGAGGUUACUGAGCUGAAGGCCGCGCACGAUGCUGCUCUCGCGGAUGCGACCGCGAAGAUCCAAGAGCUGGAGGGCAAGGCAGCCAGCGCUGAGGCUCUUUCCGCCGAACUCGCCGAACUCAACCGGGAAAAGGAGGAAACUUCGAACAAAUUGUCAGAGCUCGAGGUCGAAGUUUUGGAGUUGAAGGAAGCUCAGGAAGGCGCAGAGGAGGAACAGUCGAAGCUGAACGCCCGUACCAAGACGCUUGAGGAGGAGUUGGCUGCUGCUAAUGCUGCGACGGAGAGCGCUGUGCAGGAUCUGAAGGCUAAGGAGGAGGCCCAUGCUGCGGCCAUUGAGGACGCUGAGAAGCGACUGGAAGAAGCUACUAACGCCGCGAAGGAGGAGCAGACUAAGCUUGACGAUCAGUUGAAGGCCCUGCAGGCCGAGUUUGAGGCCGCUCAGGCUUCCUUGGAGGAGGCGAAGGCGGCUGCAGAGGCUGCGGUGGCGGAGCACAAUGCUAAGGUCGAAGAGGUGGAGAAGGAGGCUCAAGGUCGUGAGGACGCUUUGAACGAGAAGUUGAAGGAGAUCACUACCGAGCUGGAGGGCCAAGAGUCCAAGUAUGCAGCGAAGGUAGACGAAGUCAAGGCUGAGCACGAGAAAUUGCUGCAGGAAGCUUUUGAGCGCGCUAAGGACGAGGCGGGUGGUGCUCACGGACUUGACCUACAAGCUCUCCGCGCAGAAUCUCAAGCCUCCAUCGAGCAGCUCCGUGCCGCGCACCAGACCACCGUCGAGGGCCUCAAAGCCGAACACGAAGCCGCCCUCGCCGAACAGGCUCAGAACUCAGAGAAGCAGUUCACCCAUCAGACCUUGGAGCUCAAAGCCACCGCCGACGAUCUCGCCAAAGCCAAGGCCGCCCUUACGACCUCUCUCCAGGAGGUCGAGGCCCUCAAGGAACAACUCGAGAAGGCGCGUGAGGCGACGACUUCUGCUGCGAGUGCCGGUUCGGCGGAGUACUCUGCUGAGAUCGAGCAGCUGAAGAAGGAGCUUUCGAACUCGAGGGAGGAGUAUAAUGGUCUUCAGGAGGCCUUCGCGAUGACGAAGGAGUCGAUGCAGGAGAUGUCCAACAAUCACGCGAAGGAGCUCGAGUCCGCUGCGGAGGGUCGCGCGGAGGAGGUGACCAAGCUUCGCGCCGCGCACGAAGCGGAGGUUCAGAGUCUCGUCAUCGACAAGUCGGAUUUGGUCUCCAGGUUGUCGGAUCUGGAGGGCGAGCUGGCGACGCUGAAGGCGACGAUGUCGGCGGAGCCUACGACGUCGCCGAAGCGCAAUAGUCAGUCUCAGGCUGCGACCGGGAUCACGCCGCAGGAGUUGCAGAAGAUGUAUGAGGCGCAUAGCUUGAAGCUUCAUGAUAUGGAGGCGGAGCAUGAGAAGGAGAAGAAGGCGUUGCAGGAGAAGGUGGAGGAGGCGAUUGCGAAGGCCGACGAGUUGGAGCAGGAUGUUGAAAGGAAGGCUAUGGAGAUUCGGUACCUGGAGCAAGAUCAUGAGGAAAAUCAGGACCAGAUCACAAGGUUGAAGGAGGACAUCGAUCGACUCACCGGUGGAGCACAGUGAUCAUCGUCUCGAACACCAUUUCCCCUUCUCUCUCUAAACUGCACACUCCCUCGGUGACCUUAAUCGACUCGUGCCAGCAAAGCAAGAGUCCUUAACUUCUAUCCUCUUCCAUUAUGAAUCGAUUUCUCUCCCUAGUUUCAUGUUGUUCUGCAAUCAUUCCCACCAUAUGCCCCGCAAUUCUUUUUGCUCUUAUUCCACUACUUGUAUGUUCUCGCACCGACACUUUCCAGGAUGGAUAUACCCGGGAUUAAUAUGCAUACCUCUAUCAGUGCCAUCAUAAUAGAUGCAUCGACAAUUGCAUUCAUUCAUGCCUUCCUCCGUUCU